AUGUCUGCAUUAUUCAACUUCCAAUCACUUUUACAAGUACUCCUUCUACUCAUCUGCACAUGCACAUAUGUUCAUAGUGUGGCACCAGCACUUCUAGAUAAUAGAAAAACAGGAAUAUUGAGUGUUUUUUACAAAUUUGCUAGAAUUGGAGAGAGGUUGAGCCCCUACGUUGCUAUUGGUUGUUUUAUUAUGGCUUUUAAUACAUUGAGUUCUUAA